AUGUCUUCAACAUUUCAAAUGCAACAACCUUUCUACCGUCCAGCCUCUCUAACUUUGGACACACAGCACGCACAAAAGUACUUCGAGGACGAAGACAACAGCGUGUUAGACGACAACGUCCUUGACCACAACACACUCGACUCGGGCUUAGAACUAUCGCCUCCAAUGGCCGACAGCCGCCGAGACUCUUUUGCCGUUGGGCACCCUCUGUUCUCACCAAAAACUGAGGACUGGCAGUCUGUCGACAUGCAGUCGGUACCUUCCAACAACCCUUUCCUGGACCAGCACAGCAACAACCCCUUCAUGCGCCUCGACCAAACUCAACACAACGCCUAUGCUACUGCCAACUGGGCCUUCGGACCCAGCUCCGGUGCUUGCACUCCUCUUCAUCCUUUUGACGCCAUGUCUGCCGAAUAUGACACAAAUGUCCCUCUCUUCCAGCGACCCAUGGCCGGCCCGACACCAUUCACAAACCCUGGCAACAUGUUCCCAGCACUUCCCGGUGGAAACCAGUCCAUCCCCACUUCCCCCCAGAAAGAGUGGAUGACCCCUCAGCAGCCCAUCAACAAGAACAAGAUGCGCCCUGGCAGCCCCGGUAUUCGCUCCCACAACGAGAUGCGCCGAGGCGAUGGCAUUCGUAAGAAGAAUGCUCGCUUUGAUAUCCCGGCCGAGCGAAACCUUAGCAACAUUGACCAUCUUAUCUCUCAGUCUACUGAUGAGCAAGAGAUCAAGGAGCUUAAGCAACAAAAGCGACUGCUUCGCAACCGACAGGCAGCUCUCGACUCAAGACAACGCAAGAAGCAACACACAGAGCGCCUGGAGGAUGAGAAGAAGCAAUACACCGCUGUCAUCAACGAUAUGGAGGAAGAGAUGGCUGAGCUCCGUGGCAAGCUUGAGCAGAUGCUUCUCGAAAAGCAGACCUACACCAACUACAUCGAGAACCUCAACCUUGAGAAGGAGGAGAUGAUCCGCGCUCACACCAUUGAGACCGGCGAGCUCAGGAAGAAGGUUGGCGUUCUGACCGACCAUGUUCAGCGACUCGAGAGUGCCGUUCCCACUGCCACAGACAACGGCUUCUCAUCCGGUUUCGACGACAUGGAUGGUAUGGGCAUGCCUGGCGCCUGGGAUGCAUCCAACUUCCUCAACGAGUACCCUGCCGAGCCCGAGGUCAAGCAGGAGAUGGCUAUUGCCACGGUCAAGAAGAGCGAAAACCCCUUCGCCGAGAGCGAGAAGCCCGCCCAAGGCGGUCUCCUGUUUAUGCUCUUCCUCGUUGGCGCUUUCGUCCUCUCGAGCCGAUCGACCCCAGCGAUCCCUCGUGUCUCCGAGGAUGUCAGGGUUGCCUCGGCCAACAUCCUGGACAGCGUCCUCAAGGAUGCCGGCGUCAGCUCUCAGUCGGCUACUCUGCAGGCUCCUCCUCAGCCAUCGGGUGCCGCUAACUGGGGCAACCCGAUCGCCAUGAACGACAUGAUGAUGGAUGGUGUUGCGCCCUCGAUGCUUUCCGAGCUCGGUGACACACUGACCCAGCCAACACAGGAGCAGACUAAUGAACAAAUCUUCUCUCUAUCGGCUGCUCAGUACAACGGUGUCAACUCCCAAGAUUUCCUCCAAAACGCCCCCGAAAAGUCUUCUCCUAGCCAAGGACGUCGAAACCUAGCCGAAGCACUCGCAGCAAUGCGAUCAAACAAACAGAGCGACGCAGCCGAUGUAUACACACGAUCUCUCCUUUGGGACCAGAUCCCCAAUGACGUCGUGCGCAACUUUGCGAAAAUGGUGUCCGAAUGCAACAGCGCAGAAUGA